AUGAACUCUCUAUUAGCCCACCCUGAACCUCACAGCCAGCCCAUUGGGUACUCGUUCUCAGAGCAGUCGAGCGGCGCCAAACAACACAGCUUCUACCCAUAUACCGACAAUGGCGGCUCUACUCUCGGCAUAGCCGGUGACAAUUUCGCUAUUCUGGCUGGCGACACACGGUCGGUGUCUGGAUACAACAUCAACACCAGAUACGCACCUAAGGUGUUCAAGAUCGGUGCAGACGAGCAUACCGGAGAAGGCGGCCACAUGAUUCUCUGUGUCGUUGGCUUCUCCGCUGACGGUCGAGCUCUGAAAGAACGACUUGACGCCAUCGUCAAGAUGUACGAAUAUCACCACAACAAACCAAUGUCCGUCAGAGCGUGUGCACAGCGCCUAUCCACCAUCCUAUACUCGAAACGUUUCUUCCCAUACUACGUACACGCGAUUUUGGCCGGUGUUGAUGAGGAAGGCAAAGGGGCUCUGUACAGUUACGAUCCAGUGGGUUCGUAUGAGAGGGAGUUCUGCAGGGCAGCUGGGUCAGCAGCUAGUUUGAUGAUGCCUUUCUUGGACAAUCAGGUCAAUUUCAAGAACCAGUAUGUUGCCGGUAGCGGCCAGGGUAAUGCCUCGGUCCCUAGGAAGCCGGAGCCUCUAUCCAGAGAGGGUGCACAGCAGCUGGUACACGAUGCAUUCACAAGCUCCGUGGAGAGGCAUAUUGAGGUCGGCGACGGGCUGCAAAUGAUGAUUGUUACCAAGGAUGGUAUAGAGGAGGUGUACCGCCCACUCAAGCGGGAUUAG